GGUUUAGCAAAUCUAGGAAACACCUGCUUCUUCAAUGCUGUGCUUCAGUGUCUAGCACAAACUCCUUAUCUAAUGAAGGUGCUGGACGAUCUGCGUUUACCUGGGCAAAAAUUUAUUUUACCAGGUGGAAAGCACAAACCUUUUGAUGCGGAAGAAGAAGUGGAGCUUCCACCGAUUGAGGGGACCUUGGAGCGAUGGGGCAGUUUCACAUCAAUCCUUUGCGAAACUUUAUUGAAAAUGCAGAACACUAAUGGCUAUCAAACAUAUACACCUCUGAAUCUCCUCUGUAAACUUAGGAAAAAAAGUACGCAAUGCGUUGACGGAGGGCAACACGACUCGCACGAAUUACUCCGACAUUUGUUGGAAAUAGUACGGAAUGAAGAUCUUCGGAGAUACCAGAUCAUAAUUCUGAAGGAGGUAGGCUUGAGCGAGAAAACAAAACCGGAUUGUGUGGAAAAGGGUCUGAAAUCUCGCAUAAAAUUUUAUGGCAACCAGGCUAGCACACGACUAUUGGGACCAGAAGCGGUAUUUCGUGGCGUGUUGGUGUCUACUCUACAGUGUCUGGAUUGUCAUCACUCGUCGCAACGUACUGAGCCAUUUCUAGACCUGAGCUUGCCCGUCACAGCAGACAAACCACAGCCUCCGCUAUUGAAAAGGAAGAACAGUGAAAUCGAAACCUUUGAUGUGAUGAACACUCAGCAACGCGAUUAUCAAGCUCUCGAUACGUCUUGGAAGCAAUUAAAAAAAGAGAAGAAGGCAGCUAGAAAAAACCGAAAGAUUAAAAGGCAUGAGAAUCAUAACAAUUAUACGUUAAAAAAUUUGAAUAAACCCAUGGAAACAAAUAAUGACAACAUUCCGAAGUCAGAGGAGAGUGACGCUGACGUAGAGGACAACAUCGAAGGGGUUCAUUUUCAUCCAGAAAUCGGAGAGUCCGGAUACAGUUCGGAGAAAGCAUCCGCCGUUACCAGUCCUAUAUCUCUUACUGAUCCCCAUCAUCAUCCAAGUAACGACUUCAAUAACGAUAUCAACAAUCUGACCAGUCUGGAAGACGGUAAUCUGGGUAACAAUGCGGACAUAACACAAAUUAGACAUCUGGUGAACAUUAACGUGUUAACUAGUCCUAGUCCAACCGAUGUAUCGAUGACAGACUUGACUCAAAUCAGAAUGCUGUCAGAGAAAAGUGAUAGGAAUGUCGGUUCAGUCAGCUCUGAGAACGAAGCGUCGGCUACGGCGUUAUCUACCUCCAUGAUUCCUAAUUCUGAUGUCACGAGUCCUGAAGUGCCUACUGCAAGUUUAAGCAGCUCAAUCGCUUCUAAGGAAAGCCCCACUAGUCCCGUUAAUGAUUCAGAAAGAUUGGAUGGUAUCGAGACAUGGAUGGCAACUACUCCAUCAAAGUGCAAUAGAAAGAAAUAUAAUAACGGAACUUCUAAUGGCGAUGAUCCCGAAAAACAGGAUUUAUGUAAUAAACUUGGCGAUAUAAUGGUUGGAAUGUCUAGAUUGGGAAUUUCUGAACAUCAAUCGUCUGACAGGUACACAACUAAAGAAGGCGAAUGUUCUGUGGAAUCAUGUUUAAACCAAUUUACUGCAUUGGAACUAAUGACGGGAAGCAACAAAGUCGUGUGUGAAACAUGCACAACUCGCGAGAAAAAGAGUCAGGAGAACUCGUCGAAAAUGGUAUGCACUUCGAGUACCAAGCAAUAUCUCAUUUCUCAAGUACCUCCAGUAUUGAUAUUGCAUCUGAAGAGGUUUCAAACGCAGAGAGUUGGUUUUCGGAAAGUUCUCAAACACGUAUCAUUUCCGAUGUUAUUAAAUUUAGCACCGGUUUGCACAGAUCAUAAAAAACCUCGACUUUAUGCGCUUUAUGGGGUCGUCGAGCAUAGUGGGACUGUUCAUGGUGGUCACUACGUUGCUUAUGUCAAGACAAGACUCCCAUUACCACCAGAUGAUCACCGAUGGAAUUUUCUUCCUAAGGAUAAGGAUCCUAAGCUGAAUGACAAAUCGAGUAGUAUUAGUUUGGAUUCGGAAGGAGAGGAAGCAUCGGCGAAAACUGCAUCUGUUGUAGAACCACCACCUGGAAGAUGGUAUUAUGUAUCAGAUUCUCGGGUAUCAGAAGUAGAUGAAAAUACAGUGUUACAAAGUCAAGCAUAUCUUUUAUUCUACGAAAGGAUUCUCUGAUCCAAUAGAACGAAGCAAGACAAACCUGAAAAUCAAAGGAGUCGCAUUUCUGGUUUUCAAGUAAAAAGAAAACGAACUUUUAAUGAAAAUCUGAAUUCUACAAUUUUUAUAUUAUAUUGCAUGUUAUUGAAUAUAUGAGGUAUGUAAUUAAUGCCUAUAAUUUUAUUGAUUGUAUGUACAUUGCAAGAAAAAGAACUGGAAACUAUUAGAAAUAUUGAAAACUAAAUUGUUUCUUACGACACUAGUGAUAAAUGUAUUAAUUACUCACAAAAAGCGUUUUUUUACUAACUUUUGUAAAAAUUUAAAUUAAUUAAU